CUUGAGGACGGAAUAGUUGAGUCAAUUUCCUUUUAACAGAUGGAAUCAAGCGAAUGCACUUGAUAAAUGGGAAUUCGCAGUGGCAAUGACGGCUUAUUUUAUUUUCAAUCGGGAGUUGGUGGUGACGAUUGCAUUUUCCGGAGCUCUAUUUAUUUUUGUUCCCCGUCUGGAAGAGGAUUGAGUUUGACAGGAGACGUGUGGUUCUCGCGAAAAAGCCUCGACAUUUCAGGAAUUUUUAUGCUGGGAUAAUUUGUCAAGAACUGGACGAAAUGUCUUCUGAAAUUAUCUACCACGAAAAUAGGAUUAACAAAGGGAAGGAUGAGAAUAUGUACAUGAAAUCAGAUAAGGAAAGGUAUCUGAUUAAAAAACUUCCCGGAUUUCCGAAAGAGCAGACAUUUUUGACUGUUCAGAGAUUAAUAUUUUUAAUCAGAUCUGUUUUCCUGCCAGAAGGUUUUCCAGAUAGUGUUCAUCCCGACUAUGUUCCUUAUCAAAUCUGGGAUACGGUUCAGGCAUUUGCCAGUACAAUCCUGGGAACAUUGACAACUCACUCGAUUCUCAUUGGAGUCGGUGUUGGAGAAUCCACAGCCACUCCUCUUGCCGCUACAAUCUCCUGGAUUCUGAAAGAUGGGGCUGGGAUGAUUGGGCGAAUUUUAUUCGCUUGGUGGAAUGGAUCUCAGCUUGAUGCCCAGUGCAAAAAAUGGAGAAUUUUUGCUGAUGUCUUGAACGACAUUGCAAUGGGAAUUGAGUUACUGCUUCCCUAUUUUUCCAAAACUUCCACAACUUUCAUAUUGUGUGCAACAACAAGCAUGAAAUCUAUCGUUGGAGUUGCGGGUGGAGCAACAAGAGCUGCUCUCACGCAGCACCAGGCCCUGAAUAACAACUUGGCCGACGUAUCUGCGAAGGACGGAAGUCAGGAGACAUUUGUCAACUUAGUGGCAUCAUUCGUAGGCAUUUUCAUCCUCAACUCCCUCCACGAUUCUGUUACAGGAGGAUUUCUGCUGUACAUCGUACUUGUAAUUAUUCAUGUCUACGCGAAUUAUUCAGCUGUGCGAGCUCUAAGGUUUAAUUCCUUGAACGAAGAUCGAUUAGCACUGCUGCUGCACAACUAUGCGAGAUACGGAAGAAUACUUGAGGUUGAGGAAUGUAAUAAGAUUGAGUCUUUACUAUUGUUGGAGCAACCUUUUAAAAGAUACUGUGGUUUUAAAAUCAAACUUGGAGUUUCCCUCGCAACUAUUCUCGGACAAAAAACCGUAACUAUAGAUGACAUCUCCACAUUGAGUACUCAUUUCCAUAACAAAAAAUUCAUCAUCAUUCCUGACGCGGAUCAUCGACGAAUUUACGUUGGAUUGAACGCAGAUGCUGGACAGACGGAUAUAUUACAAGCUUACUAUGAAUCGUUCCUGCAUGGAAUCAGAAUCGAUUCAUCUCUUUCUGUAUCAAACAGAAAGAAAUCUGAUAAUCAAGAAAUUAUUAAAAGCAUCGUUGCCAAUGGUGCCAAUGUAUCCGCAGGAUUUCAGUCCUGGUAUGAAUUGCUUAAUCAAAGUGGUUGGAACCGGGAGACUAGUCUGUUGCCCAUUGGGGAAUGGAGAGCUCGAUGGGUCAAGCUGACAUAAUAUAUCAUGAGAAUGAUUUUUUAAACCAAAACCAAUCAAUCCUAAAUAUGUCUUAAUUAUUGAUCGAAGUGGGAGUAGUGUAAUUAAAAAGAAAUUACAAUUCUGAAAAUUUCAAAUCAAUUUUCGAUCGAAGUGAGAGUAGUGUAAUUUUAAAAAAAUUACAAUUCUGAAAAUUGGAAACCAAUUUCAAAAUUAUAAGAUGCAAUGAAGCAGGAAUCAGAGGAAUUGUUGAAACAUUGCAAUUGCUGAUAUUCUGUCCCAUUUUCCCUCAUCUGUACGUUGGGUACCCAAAAAGAAAAAUAAAUUUGAUACGAACUUUCGAAAACAA